AUGGGUGUCAUUAGCUACGCUGUCGGCCUCGGGAAUGUUUGGCGGUUUCCAUACCUAUGCCAAAAAAAUGGCGGGGGAGCUUUUCUCAUUCCAUACGUAAUCAUGAUGAUUUUGCUUGGUUUGCCACUGUUCUUAAUUGAACUAGGCAUUGGACAACGGUUACGUACCGGGCCUAUGGGAGUCUGGAACGCCAUUCAUCCAUAUCUGGGAGGUUUGUGGAGUUAUCUCUGCUCUCUUCUCUAA